CACGUCGAGCGCUGCUGUCCCGAGCCGCGGAGGCUGCGGGCUUGGUCUGGGGCGGCUGCUUUGGCUGCGGCCCGGCCCGCGGCUGAAGGUUGGAGAGAAAUCCGUAUACUCAGUUGACUGGCACUGUCUGCCACCAUGGGGGAGCUUUUCCGAAGUGAGGAGAUGACGCUGGCCCAGCUUUUUCUACAAUCAGAAGCUGCUUAUUGUUGCGUUAGUGAAUUAGGAGAGCUGGGAAAGGUUCAGUUUCGUGACUUAAAUCCAGAUGUGAAUGUUUUCCAGCGGAAAUUUGUGAAUGAAGUUAGAAGAUGUGAAGAAAUGGAUCGAAAGCUCCGAUUUGUUGAGAAAGAGAUAAGAAAAGCUAAUAUCCCAAUUAUGGAUACUGGUGAAAACCCAGAGGUGCCCUUCCCCCGGGACAUGAUUGAUUUAGAGGCCAAUUUUGAGAAGAUUGAAAAUGAACUGAAGGAAAUCAACACAAACCAGGAAGCUCUGAAGAGAAACUUCCUGGAACUGACUGAAUUAAAAUUUAUACUUCGCAAAACUCAGCAGUUUUUCGAUGAGGCUGAAUUGCAUCAUCAGCAGAUGGCGGAUCCAGACCUGUUGGAAGAGUCCUCAUCCCUCUUGGAGCCGAGUGAGAUGGGAAGAGGCACACCGUUAAGGCUCGGCUUCGUGGCUGGUGUGAUUAACCGGGAGCGCAUCCCGACUUUUGAGCGCAUGCUUUGGCGGGUGUGCCGGGGGAAUGUGUUCCUGCGACAGGCUGAAAUCGAGAACCCCCUGGAGGAUCCUGUGACUGGUGACUACGUGCACAAGUCUGUAUUCAUCAUUUUCUUCCAAGGUGAUCAGCUGAAAAACAGAGUCAAGAAAAUCUGCGAGGGGUUCCGGGCCUCACUCUAUCCCUGUCCUGAGACACCACAGGAGAGGAAGGAAAUGGCUUCUGGAGUUAAUACCAGGAUUGACGAUCUCCAAAUGGUUCUGAAUCAAACAGAGGACCACCGCCAGAGGGUUCUGCAGGCGGCAGCUAAAAACAUCCGUGUCUGGUUCAUCAAGGUGCGGAAGAUGAAGGCCAUCUACCACACCCUGAAUCUGUGCAACAUAGACGUGACCCAGAAGUGCCUGAUCGCCGAGGUCUGGUGCCCUGUCACCGACCUCGACUCCAUCCAGUUUGCACUCAGAAGGGGCACGGAACACAGUGGCUCCACUGUGCCCUCUAUCUUGAACAGGAUGCAAACAAAUCAGACUCCCCCAACCUAUAACAAAACGAACAAGUUCACAUACGGCUUUCAGAACAUAGUAGAUGCUUAUGGAAUCGGGACUUACCGGGAGAUAAACCCAGCUCCAUAUACCAUCAUCACUUUCCCUUUCCUGUUUGCUGUGAUGUUUGGGGACUUUGGCCAUGGCAUUUUGAUGACCCUCUUUGCUGUAUGGAUGGUAUUAAGAGAGAGCCGGAUCCUCUCCCAGAAGAAUGAGAAUGAGAUGUUUAGCACUGUGUUCAGCGGCCGGUACAUUAUUCUGUUGAUGGGUGUGUUUUCCAUCUACACUGGCCUCAUCUACAACGACUGCUUUUCCAAGUCUCUUAAUAUCUUCGGGUCAUCCUGGAGCGUACGGCCAAUGUUCUCUUUAUCUAAUUGGACGGAUGAGACACUUCGGGGGAACCCUGUGCUGCAGUUGAACCCGGCUAUCCCUGGAGUUUUUGGCGGACCAUACCCUUUUGGCAUUGAUCCAAUCUGGAACAUUGCUACCAAUAAACUGACCUUUCUCAACUCCUUUAAAAUGAAGACGUCUGUUAUCCUUGGCAUCAUCCACAUGAUGUUUGGAGUCAGCCUGAGCCUCUUCAACCAUACCUAUUUCAAGAAGCCCCUGAAUAUCUAUUUUGGAUUUAUUCCUGAAAUAAUCUUCAUGACCUCUUUGUUUGGCUACUUGGUUAUCCUUAUAUUUUACAAGUGGACAGCCUAUGAUGCUCAUACAUCUGAGAAAGCACCAAGCCUUCUGAUCCAUUUCAUAAACAUGUUUCUCUUUUCCUACGGUGACUCUAGUAAUUCGAUGCUGUAUUCUGGACAGAAAGGAAUUCAGUGUUUCCUGGUGGUGGUUGCGCUACUGUGUGUACCUUGGAUGCUACUAUUUAAACCACUGGUCCUUCGCCAUCAGUAUUUGAGGAGGAAGCAUUUGGGAACUCUCAACUUUGGUGGGAUCAGGGUGGGCAACGGACCGACAGAGGAGGAUGCUGAGAUUAUUCAGCAUGACCAGCUCUCCACCCAUUCAGAGGACGCAGAAGAGCCUACCGAGGACGAAGUGUUUGACUUUGGGGACACCAUGGUCCACCAGGCCAUCCACACCAUCGAGUACUGCCUGGGCUGCAUCUCCAAUACCGCCUCUUACUUGCGGCUCUGGGCCCUCAGCCUCGCUCAUGCACAGCUGUCUGAGGUGCUUUGGACCAUGGUGAUCCACAUCGGCCUCAGCGUGAAGAGCUUGGCCGGAGGUUUUGCGCUGUUCUUCAUUUUCGCUGCCUUUGCCACCCUGACCGUGGCCAUCCUCCUGAUCAUGGAGGGCCUCUCGGCCUUCCUCCACGCACUGCGGUUACACUGGGUCGAGUUCCAGAAUAAAUUCUACAGCGGAACCGGUUUCAAGUUCCUACCCUUCUCCUUCGAGCACAUUCGGGAAGGGAAGUUUGACGAAUGAGCCCCAUGUAGGGCCGUGUGCCACAGGCUGCCCUCCCCUCCCUCCACAGUGGUUAGCUCUGCUCCUCUUGCCUGUUGGUUGUGACCCCUGGGUCUCGGGGCAUUUGUGUCAUCCCUGCCGCCCUCCCAUCUGUGAGUCAUUUAGAUAGAUCCAGCCCUCCCUGGGUCCCCUGCCACCACCAACUUCCUGUGUAGCAUAGUGAUUUUCUAGAGGGAAGCUGGGCUCCGGCUGUCACUCACACCUCCUGGGCACCGGCCGUGCCCUCCCACCCUCCGUCCAGCCAGAGACAGCCCCUCCUCUGUCCCCUGGUGGUGAUCAAGUUUGUGCAUUUUACGUGUGAGCCCAAAGCCCACGGAAGGAGCGCUUCACAUCCACGCCCAGACUUUGAGCCCCCUGUUGCUGCCACUCUAGUCACUGGUUGGGGGUAGGGGUGCUCCUGAACACACCCCACUCUUGGGUUAGUGGGUGCGGGUCCAGGAAGAUAUUUCUGUCCUCUGUCUAUCCCUCUGGCCUUCAGAGCAGUUGUUAAUCAGGAAUUUAGGUGGACCCAGCUGUGCAUGGCUUCUCCCUGUCACUCCCAAGGGUCCUAGGGUACCCAGCACCACUCCCUAACCCGCACCCUCUCCUCCUCCUUCCCCCUGCUCCUGUUUGUGCCCAGCGUAACAGCACGGCAGGGAGUGACCCAAACCGAGGUCCUGGCUGCCGGCUGUGGCUGGCGGCUGCUGCUCAGGCCGUGGCGAGCCCUGCCACAAGCACGCCCUUCCGGCAGGUGGUUCAGACGGAGGUUGUUUCUGGGUGCAGACCCCACGACCUUUCCCCACCCCUAAUCAUGAGUCUCGAGGGCAAGGCUGUAGUCAUCAGAGGUGGUUCUGCCUACAGACCUUCCCUGCUCUGCCCUCCACUGCCCUGCCCUACUUCCACUGGGGUCCCAAGUCAAGGGAGUGGGGUCCUGGGCAGGGAAGGUCGGUGCCAUUUACAGUUUGCUGAUUGGAGGCGACCGCCAGGGCCACAGCACCCGUGGUUGUGAGAGCCCUGCCCUGCAGGCCACUGGUGAGCGCCCCCCAGGGGCCACCUCUCCUGCCUCACCUGCCCCCCCCCCCCCGCCCCAUGCUGGGCUGUGGCUCUCAGGGCCUUGUAAUCAUGUGUUGGCACCGCAGCCCAGACUGCUUCAGCGAAAUUGAACCCCGUGGCCCUCAGUGGUCGAGAUAAUCCCCUGAAUUGGCCAGGCCCCUGCCCUCCUACUCGGGCUUUUCCGAGUGAGAUACUUAGAGCCGCUCACCACUCUCCAGGGCAUGGGCCACCCACCCCCGCUUCACCGUGUGCUGGCCAGUGUGACCUACCCCGACAUUGUGCAGAGCCCCCUCCCCUCCGGGCCGUGGUUUACAGGACGCCCUUUGCUCUGUUUACAGCAGGCUUUGCCUCAGAGCUCUUUGUCAGGAACCCUGCCGGAGGCCCUUCUGUCCACACAUCCCCGUGCUGAAUAAAGUGUGUUUGACUCUA